AAACAGACUCUCACAAAUAAAAUAUUGAAGUCUGAAGGAGCUUUCGAGACAACAGAUGGAAAAGUUUACUUCACUGACCAACAGUUCAUUAUAGAACAUCUCAUUGACUUAGAGUCGAAAUAUUCUAAACUUUACAACAAACACAAAAAGUUGAAAGGAAAACAAAAACAAAUGGCAUAUGAUAUUUAUGAAGAUGUUGACGACACAACUGUUCCUGCAGGUGAGGUAAAGUCAGAGGAACCGAAAAGUGACGAAAAACCGAUAGAAGAAGAGAAACCAAAAACUGAAGAUAAACCAAAACCAAAGUUUAGUUUCCAAACUAAACCAAGUCAACCUUCAUUAG